GGUUCGUCCAAUUGUGAAGCAAAUCAAAACCGGCUGUAUCGUCUUUCGGAAACCUGCCGAGCUUCAAGCAUCCACCUUCGAAACCGGCUUCAUCGACCUUCAAAAACCCUAGUUUUCAGUGCGGCUACGUUGUUUUAUCUCCUCUUUGGAACUCCUGCGUGAAAGAUGAGACCGAUUUUGAUGAAAGGCCAUGAAAGGCCGUUGACAUUCUUGAAGUACAACCGGGACGGGGACCUCCUGUUCUCGUGCGGGAAGGACCACAACCCCACCGUCUGGUUCGCCGACAACGGCGAGCGCCUCGGUACCUACCGUGGCCACAACGGUGCAGUCUGGUGCUGCGAUGUCUCAAGGGAUUCGAUGAUGCUGAUCACGGGGAGCGCAGAUCAGUCGGCGAAGCUGUGGUCAGUUCAGUCGGGGGAGCAAUUGUACUCCUUUAAUUUCGGUUCUCCGGCUAGGGCUGUGGACCUCGCCGUCGGGGAUAAGCUCGCUGUCAUUACCACCGAUCCAUUCAUGGACUCUCCCUCUGCGAUUCACGUUAAAAUCAUCGCCCGAGACCCCGCUGACCAGAUUGGUGAAUCUGUUCUUACCAUCAAGGGCCCUCAGGGAAGAAUUAAUAGAGCGGUUUGGGGAGCACUUAACACCACCAUCAUAAGCGCUGGAGAAGAUGCUGUGGUUCGUAUAUGGGAUUCCGAGACAGGAAAACUGCUUAAAGAGUCAGACAAGGAAUCUGGCCACAAAAAAACAAUUACGGCACUUACAAAAUCUGCAGAUGGUUCUCAUUUCCUCACUGGUUCGCUUGAUAAAUCUGCUAAACUUUGGGACAUGCGAACGUUGACUCUUAUCAAGACAUAUGUGACCGAACGUCCAGUCAAUGCAGUUACAAUGUCUCCACUUCUUAAUCAUGUGGUGCUUGGAGGUGGUCAAGAUGCAUCGAAUGUCACGACUACUGAUCAUCGUGCUGGAAAAUUUGAGGCUAAAUUCUAUGACAAGAUUCUUCAAGAAGAAAUUGGAGGUGUGAAAGGGCAUUUUGGACCGAUAAAUGCUCUGGCAUUCAAUCCCGAUGGGAAAAGUUUCUCAAGCGGAGGUGAAGAUGGUUACGUACGGUUACAUCAUUUUGACCCCGAUUACUUCCACAUCAAGAUCUAGAUUUGGAGCAUAUAUUUAAAUUUGAAUCAAGCUUUGCAGCGAGCGUUUAAGGUAAAGUUUAAUUUCCUUGUUCGGCCAUAAUUUUUGUUGCGCGGGCAUUGGAUGAAACAAUGCUUACACUUUUGCUUCUUGGAACACAGUUUUGUAGAAGAUGUAAGAUUGUAUCUACAACAUUGACAAUUGAUCCAAUGAGAAUGAAGUGCUGGGAUGUAUAUCAA